AUGAGCAUGAGGCAUAAUCUUCAGCGACACGCAAAGCGAAUCCUCGCUUACAGUAACAGGCCUCGAUUUUUCUGCUCCUACACCAACGUAACACUAUCGUCUCCGGCGACGAACCAAACUCUGCAGAGUCGGAUCGAAGCGGCUUCACAUCAGAAAGCAGAAAUCACAACGGUGCUUGAGCAAUGGCUACAGCAACAACAACAACAGGGGAAGCAGUUAAACCCUUCGUUAUUAAGAGGAAUCGUCGAGAAGCUCAGAAGUUCUAACCGACCUCGCCAAGCCCUAGAGGUAUCAGACUGGAUGGUCGAACAAAAGAUGUACAAUCUCCCGGAAGACUUCUCAGCUAGAUUUCAUCUGACUGAGAAGGUUUUAAAUUUGGAAGAAGCAGAGAAGUUCUUUGAGAGCAUCCCGGAGAAUAUGAGAUUCGAGUCAAUGUACAAUUCUCUAUUAAGAAGUUACGCAAGACAAUCCGGAGAAAAAGCUCUGAAGAAAGCCGAAUCUGUUUUCAAGAAGAUGAAGAAGCUAGGGUUGCUCUUGAGACCUUCACCGUACAACUCGAUGACAUCACUCUAUAGCUCUCUCGGAAACAGAGAUAAAGUCGAUGAGAUUCUUCGAGAGAUGAAGGAGAACAACGUUGAGCUCGAUAAUGUCACCGUGAACAACGCUUUGCGAGUAUACGCUGCUGUAUCUGAUGUAGCGACAAUGGACAAGUUUCUAGCUGAUAGGAAAGAGAUUACAAGGCUUGAUGGGCUCACAAUGCUUGCGAUGGCAAAGGCUUAUGAACUCAUGAGCCUAUAUGGUGAAGCAGGAGAGAUAGAAGAUGUUCACCGUGUAUGGGACAAGUACAAGGCGACAAGACAGAAGGAUAAUGAAGAAUUUCGAACUUUGAUUGGUUCUCUCUUGAAGCUUGGUGAUACCAAAGGAGCAGAGAAGAUAUACUACAAUGAGUGGGAGUGCUCCGGUCUUGAGUUUGAUAACCGAAUCCCCGAUAUGUUGGUGUCGGGUUAUCGCGAAAAGGGAAUGGUGAUGAAGGCAGAUAAACUGGUGAACAAGACUUUGUGGAUCAGAGGAUUGGCUACACCAAUCACUCUGUUGCUGGAAGAAAUGGAUAAAAAGGGGAAUAAAGUGAGUCCGCCGGGCUUGAGAGACCUCAUCAAGAAUCUACGUGAUUCAAAUCAGUUGUCCAAAGCACUUGAGGCAUCAACAUGGAUGUGUCAAAAAAAGGUGUUUAAUCUCUUUUCAGAAGAUUAUGCAACAAGGCUUCAUCUGACUGAGAAAGUGUUGGGUUUGGAGGAAGCAGAGAACUUUUUCGAAAGCAGCAUCCCGGAGAAUAUGAAAGAUUACUCUGUCUACGAUACACUCUUAAGCUGUUAUGCAAGAUCUAGCAACACUCAAAGUAAAGCUGAAGCCGUUUUCGAGAAGAUGAGAGAGCUAGGUUUACAAUCCAAACUUUCCCCAUUCAACUCGUUGAUAUCUCUCUACAGUGGGCAAGGGAAACUAAGUGUGGUCAAUAUACUUCUAUGUGAUAUGAAGCAUAAGAAUAUAGAGCCUGAUAUUGUCACGAGGAACAACGUUUUGAGAGCAAACGCAUACAUAUUGGCCAUAGACUCGAUGGAGAAAGUAUAA